AUGAAUCACAAUGAAGGGAGGCGCAAUUUUGUAGCACACGGGGGGAAGGAAACUGCACGUGGUGAAUGGGGGGUAGAUGAAAGAAGGGGUAAAAUUGCCCAGGGAAAUCCACCCUCCAGGAAUGACCACCGGAAUGGCCUCCAGCGCUCCUACGAGGGGGGCGAACUGUUUAAUCUCAAGCGAGGAGUGCAAAGAGACAGCCCUAGAAAGGCCACACAGGAGGGAUGUGCGCUGUUGCCCGAAGAAGAACACAUCGAUGGGGAGAGGAACCAAAAAAAUGGAUGGACAGGACAAGACGUGGGUGGGAGGACAGGACAAAACAUAAGUGGGAGGACAGGACAAAACGUAGGUGGGAGGAUAAAAAGGAGAGGUAACACUGAGGAAGAGAAGAAACUACCAACAGGAGAACACACACCAGAUGAGGGGAAAAAGGAAAAAUAUGUCACCUACUGUGAAGACGGAUAUUUACGGGGAUUACUGAAGAACGCUUUGGUCACCCCUAGUUUGAAGGCCUUCCUAGGGACGAGGGUUAUUUCGUUCCUUAACGAAAAGGAAAGGCACAACUGCUCUAUGGCUUGCAAGCUGCUCUUUUUCGAAACUUACUCUCUGGGGAAUUUAAAAAAUAUUUAUAAGAGCAAAUUCAUUCGAGGUGAAAAGAGAGGCAUGAUUUGGAAGAUAAUCCUGCUGGGGGAAAGCACGUACUUGAGUGAGGACCUGUUUGGUGAGCUGACGCGGAGGAGGAGCACCUACGAGCGGAUCAUCGAGAAGGACGAAGAACUCUUCGAUGUGCUAAAGAUAUGUUCGCUGUAUUUCCAAAAUGUGGGCUACUGUCAAGGAAUGAAUUACGUCGUUGCAAUCCUAUUCCUCGUCCUUAAGGACAAGCUAUACACAGCCAGGUGCUUCAUAGCUCUGCUAAAAAUUUUCAACUUAAAAGGAAUGUACAUCUACAACUUCCCCCAGCUGAAAAAAAUUAUGUACCAACUGAAGGUCCUUAUAAAGGGCUACUUCCCCAGACUGUCUUCCUAUUUUCGAAGAAAAAAAAUAAAAAUUGAUUUUUUUUGUAUAAACUGGUUCAUGACUCUAUUUUCUCAAGAUUUAACGUAUGAGCAGACAGUGAAAUUAUGGGACAGUUUUUUUCUUUUCGGAUUGAAGAUCUUAAUAAAACUGAGCUUAAUUUUUUUGUCCCAUUUUGAGAAAAAAAUUUUAUCUCUAUCAUAUGAAGAAGCUUUAUCCUUCCUCAAGUCGAUCACCAAGUUCCCCUUCACCGAUUACCUAUUUGAAGAAAAAAAUUUCUUUCCCUAUUUACGAAGGUUUAAGGUCACUAAUCGGAUUUUGAGACAAAUUAUUUUUCUCCGGAAGAAUGGCAUUAGCUUUGAUGUUCAUGUGACUAAGGUCAAUCACCGUGGGGUUCAAACCAACCGGUGCUCCGUUGUGCUUUGCGAUAAUGGCACCAGGGGAGACAAAGUGAUGCAGCAGGUUGGCGGGUUAUUCGCCAUGCAUAAUGGGGAUAACCUCAUGCACAGAUUUAUGGGAAUUUUACGGGGGGUGGUGGACAGCAGGACUGGUGACUCCGUUGGCAGAGCAGUAGGCGAGAGGAGAAGACGCCCUCCCUCGCGCACCGCCAACGAGGUGAGCUGCCCCAACCAGGCGAGCUGCCCCAACCAGGCGAGCUGCGCCAACCAGGUGAGCUGCCCCAACCAGGUGAGCUGCCCCAACCAGGUGAACUGUGCCAACCUCUUCCUCGACCCCAGCUGCUCCAACGAAGUCGCCCCGGAGAACCAGUGCCUCUCGCUGAACUUCAACAGUAGCCUCUUCUGUGGCGUCAAGGAGCGCCGCAAGUACCUCCGGAGGGACAGCACCACCAUCGAGGGAAGCACCCGGGAAGAAGAGGCCACCGCAGAGGAGGGCUGCAGCGCACACCCCAGCGGGAACGCCUGCGUAGAAACGAACACCUAUUACGACUUGAACCUUACGAAGUCCUUCCGGUGA